CGCUUGUCAUCUUAAAAAAUAUGACUCCGUAUGUCUGGUUACUAGCGUCGUAAACGAACAAUCCCUUAUGUGUAUAUGUAGAACCAAAGCAAAACUUUUCAUUUGACGAUCAUACAAUUUUUUGGCGCGGCAAAGCGGCGCAUGUUCGGAUCAACAUUGGGCACAGCGGGGACUCUCUGCCGGACUAACAAGCUAUAUAAGUUGCAGUAAUUAUCUUUCUUCCCGACGAACAGAAGAUCUACAGUACUAUACCAUGUUGCGAUCCUUAGCACAGAAACACCAUUUCCUCUCAAGACUAGUACCACCUAAUGCGGGUCAACGCUGUCAAAGGCAACCAUUACUACUCCAACGAUACCACAGCACAAGUACCACAACAACAAGCGACGACGACGUACCAUUUGACGACAAGCCAUUCCCUUUCUCACGAUUUGAACCGUGCUGCCCUGACAGUGAAGUAGCAGCAGCCGAAAACGGCUUUGUGCCAUGCUCACGUCACCCGAUUCCUAAUGUCAUUGGCAAAAAAAUCGAAAUGCACGAAGCGUUAAAAAAGACCAAAACGGGACGACACUUGGUCGCUUGUGUGGGACUUGACGCACCCGACUGGAUGCGGUCUAAAGUGGAAACUGUCAAGGACGGCAUGAUGCUUUCUUUGAGUUUCGCUCAAAAUGCCUGGAUCAAGGAACAAAGAAAGAAACCUUCCUCGGACACUACUGCUGGUGGUGGUAGCGGCGAAUUGUUCACAACCAUCAUUGAUCGACCUUCACCCAAUACCGAAUGGCCCACAUCUGAUAUCUUGCUCUUUCCCGAGUUUCGUCGGUAUCCAGCAGCUCAUCCGGAUAAACUGCUAGAUUCAUCCAUUACGCCAUUGUUGGAUGUCCUCUGGGAGAACCCCAUGUGUGGUAUAUUGCCCCAUGUCGAAAACGAACAGACGUUGGAUGAUAUUGAUACGAUUGUACUGAUUUGCACACAUACCAUGCGGGAUAAACGAUGCGGUGUAUUGGGGCCAUUGUUGGUGGAAGAGUUUCGAAAGGUCUUAAAGGAACAAGGUCUUUUAAAGGGUCAGGAGAACGGUCGUGUAGAGGUUUGGGGGGUCAGCCAUUUUGGAGGCCACAAGUUUGCAGGCAACUUGAUUAUCCAUCAAAAGGGAUUAGGAGGACACAUGUAUGGAAACGUACGGCAGUGCCAUGUCCCAAGCAUUGUCGAUCGCCAUAUCAUCAACAGAAAAGUGAUCAAGGAGCUCUGGCGUGGAGCAAUGACGCCUCCGUCUGUAGAGUAGAUAAAAUGAAAGACCCUCUUCCUUGCAUAGAAUUCAUUUAUUCCCUUAUUGUACUGUACUUUAAGCAUCUUCUUUUUUCUAUUGUUCCUGAAAGUAAAUCGCCGACUUAAAAGGCUUCGCUUAUCGGAU